ACCGGGUGACGUCACUUCCGGUCGCCCCGCCGGCUCCUUCUUCUCUUUAGUGUUUGCCGUGUCCGUGUCUCUUCCCGGUCUCCCGGUACCGUCCCCUCCCCCCUGCUUUGUAUGGACUAAAGAUCGGCUCCCAGCGCAGGGCCUGGACACAGCAGGACUGUCAAGGAGAGAAGUUUCCCCACAGCUCCAGCCUGCACUGUACACGACCACCUGAGCCUCUGAUGGAAGCCACUAUGUCUCAGAAUCCUCCUGCCACCCUCUCAGGGAGUCCGCUUCUGAACAAGAACCAGCACUCACCCAUCCACCAGAGUCUAAGCAUCCCCCCCACUGCCAGCCCGCUGCCCUCCGAACAUGCAGGGAGACCACAACACAACUCUGCUUUACCGCCAUCCUCUGUCACAUCUGGCAGUGCCGCUGCAGUGUCUUCUAACAUGGCAAACCCCAAAGAGAAAACCCCGAUGUGUCUGGUGAAUGAGCUGGCCCGGUAUAACAAGGUUCAGCCUCAGUACAAGCUGCUCAGUGAACAGGGCCCAGCUCAUUCUAAGGUCAUCCCCCUAGGACGCUGGCAGGAUUACAGUCUUCUUGAGAGAGUGGGAGAAGAUCGCCCAAAACAAAUGUUCACUGUUCAGCUCACUCUUGGGGACCAGUACUGGGAGGCCGAAGGGACAAGUAUUAAAAAAGCCCAGCACGCUGCCGCUGCUAAAGCCUUGGAGGGGACUAAAUAUCCUAAGCCUACAGCCCGCCCUUCUCGCGGUGAGGGAAAAAAUCCAGGCAGUAUAACUCCCACCGUAGAACUGAAUGCACUAUGUAUGAAGCUGGGACGGAAACCAAUCUACAAACCCCUGGACCCUUACACAGGCAUCCGUUCUUCAUACAACUACAGUAUGCCCAGAGGAGGUGGCUACCCCCCACGGUACUUCUACCCAUUCCCAGUGACGCCCAUCCUUUACCAGGUUGAGUUGUCUAUAGGGGGACAGCAAUUCCAUGGUAAAGGCCGGACACGCCAAGCGGCUAAACAUGAUGCAGCUGCAAAAGCUCUGAAGAGCCUCCAACAUGAGCCCCUCCCCAGCAAACCCGAGAUAAAUGGAAAAUCUGAUGAAGAAAAUCUGAAUAAAUCUGAGAUUAGCCAAGUGUUUGAAAUUGCACUUAAGAGGAACCUACCUGUGAAUUUUGAGGUAGCCAAGGAGUCUGGUCCUCCGCACAUGAAGAGCUUCAUCACUAAAGUGUCAGUCGGUGAGUUUUUGGGAGAAGGAGAAGGGAAGAGUAAAAAGGUGUCCAAGAAAAACGCUGCUAUCGCCGUCCUGGAGGAACUGAGGAAGCUGCCGCCACUGCCGACUGUGGAGAAGAUGAAACCUCGCAUCAAGAAGAAAACCAGGUCAAUUGUAAAGCUGCCCACCAGCCCAGAGUAUGGUCAGGGCAUGAACCCCAUCAGCAGACUGGCUCAGAUACAGCAAGCCAAGAAGGACAAGGAGCCAGAAUAUAGCUUGGUGACAGAGCGAGGCCUCCCCCGGCGCCGGGAGUUUGUCAUGCAGGUGAAAAUCGGGAACCUGACCGCUGAGGGAAUGGGUGCGAAUAAAAAAGUGGCAAAACGAAAUGCGGCUGAAAAUAUGUUGGAACUUCUGGGUUUCAAAAUCCCUCCUGCCCCCCCCAAACCAGCUCUGAAGACUGAUGAAAAAACACCUGUGAAAAAGCCAGGAGAUGGGAGGAAGGUGACAUUCUAUGAGCCAGGCUCUGGGGAGGACACCACUAUCAAUAAUAAAGAUGAUGAGUUCCGGAUGCCGUAUCACAGUCAUCAGCAGCUGCCAGCCGGGAUCCUGCCCAUGGUACCUGAAGUAGCGCAAGCUGUGGGAGCCAAUCAGGGACUUCACACCAAAGAGUUUAACAGGGUGACCCCUAACCCAGCUAUCGCCACCGUGACUGCCAUGAUUGCACGAGAGCUCCUGUACGCUGGUACCUCCCCCACCGCAGACACGAUCUUGAAGAAUAACAACAACACAGCUGCACAUGUACUGCAUGGCCCGUUGACCAGGCCCUCUGAGCAGCUGCAGUUCCUGUCUAGUGUACAAGGCAUUCAGGUUGAAUACAAAGAUUUCCCGAAGAAUAAUAAAAAUGAGUUUGUGUCUUUAAUAAAUUGCUCCUUCCAACCACCACUGAUCAGCCACGGCGUGGGAAAAGACGUGGAGUCAUGUCAUGACGUGGCUGCUAGGAAUAUCUUGAAGUUGUUGUCUGAAAUGGACCAGCAGAGUGCAGAGACACGGCCGGUGAACGGACCAAUGUCAGUGUGUGGGAAACCAGAGAUGGAAAGUGACCCUCUCCUGAAAGCACCUGCCUCGAGUGCGCUGGGACAAGCGGUAAACAGCACAGCUUGAGGCAAUCACAUGACCGCUCUUUUAUAAACGCUGCCACCUUUUAGUUUUUUUUAUUAAUUUUGUCCCCUGAGAAUUUCAAAGUAUAAAAAUCUGAUUUUUAAAGUUUAUUUUUUUUCUUCUGGAACAUUUCAUGGAUGGGUCAUAUCCCCGCGUGUGGCUAAGACGGUUGUUUUGUUAGAAUUUUUUUAUUUCUAUUUUUUUUGCUUUGUGGUUUAAAAAAAAAAAAUUCUUGCUGGACCCUAAAAUAAAGAAGAUGAGAUGUAAUGAGUUGUAGAAGCGCCACCCCCUGUAGUCAAGUGACUUGUAGUUUGAUUUGCACCCCCGGCAGUGUUUAUGUGGCCGCGGUUCAGGAUGUGACCCAAUUACUGGAUUCAUUAACACCCCCCCCUCCCCAAUCCCAAUCAGUUCUCCGUGUGCUUUACACCACAACAUCUCCAUGUGGGGCUAAAGAAACGCCUCUGUCUCUUUAAGCAAUGUUGCUAGAUGUGUGAAUUGCGUGCUGCCAUUGACGCACGCUCAGUACUUUGUCUAUUUAAAGCUCGACGCGUCCGGUAUUGCUUCAGGUCAUUGUUUAUGCUGAGUUUUUUUUUUUCUCCCCAUGGAAUGUAAGUAACUAGUGUUUGUCACAAGAAAUUAAAAACAAUACUAAAAAAUUAA